UAUGCCACUGUUAGCAGCGUUCUGUGUUAUGACAAUUUUCAAAACUUAAAAAGUUCACAAGUUGAAAUAUUUAAAUAAAAAAUUACUUGUAAAUAAUGUGUUGAUUCUUAUAAAUAUAAUGAUUUGUAGAAAAAUAACAAACGUUGUUGAGACUUAUCUACAAGUUUGAAAAUAUAACAGUUUCUUUGUUGUUUCAACUGAAAAUAUUUUGAGUUUUGGAUCAAAUGGCUUCUGAUCGUGAAAUGUUGAGAGUAGUCUGGGAGGAAAAGCUGCCCGUUUGCUUUCAGCUUCAUCAGUCGGAUGCUGAUAUUCAAAUCCCCGAACCGUUGUACCUGAUGGUGCCGAGGUUAAGCUACUUCCCACUGGUCACGGAUAAGGUGCGGAAGCAUUUCAAAAAAUAUAUCUCGCCGGAUAAGCAAGACGCUGAAAUGUGGCUGGACUACGAUGGCAACCCUCUGCAAUGGCAUUACCCAAUAGGAGUCCUUUUUGACAUUUUUGAGAGCGACAUACAGCUCCCUUGGGUGAUAAAUGUGAGAUUUGACAACUUCCCAGAGCAAAAGCUCUUGCACUGUCCUUCCAAGGAGUACGUCGAAUCUCAUUUCCUGUCUUCAUUGAAAGAGGCAGAUGUAAUGAAGCACAAGACACAGAUUGUCACUAACAUGCAGAAGAAAGAUCACCAUCAGUUAUGGCUUGGGCUUCAGAACGACAAGUUUGACCAAUUUUGGGCCGUGAAUAGAAAACUUAUGGAAUCAGGGCCUGACGAGUGUUUCAAAAAUAUUCCGUUUAAGUUGUAUUUCAGGGAAGAACAUUAUGUUCAGAAGCUAGUUAAACCGGUUCACCAGGAGGUGAAAAGAAAAACCUUCGGAGAUUUUAUUAAUGAAGUCGUCCCCGCCUCUGUCGACAUGAGUUCAUUUAAAAUUUUAAUCCACGGCAUUGAAGUGCCACACGAGACUCCUCUCCAGUGGAUGAGCGAGCACCUGAGUUACCCAGACAAUUUCCUUCACUUCGUCAUCUCCAGCAAGUGUAAAUAGUGGAUGUGGAUUUCUACCAACAAUUUUACAUUAAAUUUUCCUAUUCGUGUUCAUUUUAUUUUUAUUGUUAGAUAAUUUAUAUACAGUAUAGAACUGAUUUGUCUUUUGUUUUAAUAUUGAGAGGAAUUUUUUUUAAAAAUUAAUUUAAUUAAUUUUUACAUCAUUUUAACUAAAUGUAUAUAUAAAAAUAAACAAAACAAUUUUGUUGCUAAUAUUAAGUUUUAUAAUCUUACAUAAUCAUGUUUGAGUUUCUUUCUACUCUUGUAGUCAUGUGAAAUAUAUUUUGUAUCGGAACUUAGUGACAAAUUAA